ACUUCGCCAAUUAGAUCUCUCCCUUUUAUCCCAACUGUGGGCCCUUAAUGAUUCCAUCCAAGAAUUUCGCACCAUGAUACAAGAACAGGAACAAGAUGACGAUGAGACCUAUUCAACACACUCUCGAUCACCCUCACCCUAUGAUUCCGUAUCAUCGGAUGCUGAAGAUGAUAUUUUAACAUUAAAAAGUAAAAACCGCAUGGAAUUACAAAAUGGCAAUGUUAUUACGACCCAACCGAAACUAACAGCUAAAUCGUAUGCCGCCGAUAGCGAAAUGACGAAUGAAACAACGACAACUUCCACAACAUCAUCGUUAACGUCAUCAACAGCACCCUCAACGAUUUCGGCAUUGGCGGACCAACAGAAAUCACAAUUGUUAAAACCACCAUUACCGAAACCGUUGGAUGUUAAGCCAGUGCCACGUAUGCGCAGUGCACCGCCACCACCACCAACUCAUCGUAAAAGUCAAACAGCACCGCCACGACCCACAUGAUGCUACCUCAGUGACUUCUUUGCCGAAGUCAAGAUGGUCAUGUGCAAAGUGAUUGUGGGCGAUGCUAAGAAGAUCGACGAAACGAAAAAAUUCAAUAAAAACAUUUCAGAACAGCAGCAGCAACAACAACAGAAAUACAACAAUAUUACGGUUACUAAUGAAAACAAUCUGCAGGUGUUACCAAGGAAUUUUACCAUAGAGGACCAUCCCUAAUAUUAUAGAAAACGUAAAAAAGCAAUAUUUUAUAUUUAUAAGAAAUAAUUAAUUAACAAAUAAACAAAACAAACUAUUUUUGCCAAAAGUAGAGAAGAUGAAAAAAAAAAAACAAAAAAUACAUUUUAUCAAUUAAUUAAGUUUUUAUUUAAGUUAAAAAAUAUUUCUUUUUUUGUAAAAUGUUGAAAUUUAUUUAAAAAAUAAGUUGAAAAUCUUUUGUAAAUGUUAUUAAAUGACACAUUCAACAGAUUGAUGAAUAAUUAAAAAUUUAGUUUAUAAAUCGUAAUUGUAUUUGUUGUUACGUGUUUGUAUGUGUUAAACUUAGGCUAACACAUUAUACAAAUAUUUGUUUAAUUAAGCGUGAUCACACAAUUUAAGAAAAUUCAAUUUCUUUCAGUGUUGUGUACUCUAACAGAAGUUUGGCAUUAGAAAAACACAAAUAUUUGAAGUGAUUAAAUGAAGUUAUUAAGAGAUUGUUAAGUGUUUACGCUUAUUUGUUCAAAUAUUUGUUUUAUGUGACACAAGCUUAAAUGUUUGCGUAUGAAUGUGUGUUUGUUUAUUUUAUAUUAUUUUGUUAAUUAUUUUUCUUAAGAUUUAUUUUAUUUAAACUAUAAAUUUAUGUUUUUAUUUUUUUUAUCUUUAUGAAAAAUCUAAUUUAAUAAUUUAACACUGGGGUCCUGGCAAAAGGGUGUCUAUAUAUUUUUUAUAUUUUUAAACAAAAUUUCAUUUAAUUAUUUUAAUUUUUUGUUUUUAAUUUUUUCACCUAAUUUGUACAUUAUUUUUUAUAUUCAUUCUAAUGGAGUGCUUUUAAUAAAACAAUUCUAAAAAAAUACUAAAUAAUAAAAAUAAAAAUUAGGCUGUUCAUUAUUUUAUUUUAUCAUAAACAACAUACAACAUAUUACAUUUAACCAUUUAAAUAUAUAAAAUUUCUUUUAUUUGUUCAUUGUAAUUUUAUACUUGAAUAUACAAACAUAUACUUGGUAGUUUUUAAUGGCUGGAUUGAAUCCAAAACACUUUUCAAUUGAUUUAAUUUAAUUGGUACGAUUAUAUUCUAUUGUGUAUAUAUACAUAUACUUAUAUUAAAAAAAUCAAGAAAAAUAAAUAUUUUAAUAAAGAAACAAAUUUAAAUGCUUAA